AUGCCAGCACCCUUACUUUACUCGCAAUCUGGGGACAAAGUCCUUUUUAAGAUUGCAUCGACGUCUUCUAAAAAUGAUUCUGUUCUUUACCUAGGACCCCAAGAAGAGGACGUUCGAAUUGUGGAUGCUGCUACCUUUCCGACGCGUGGUGAUAUUCGGAAGAUUGCUGCUCUUAUAGGUAUCAUUAAGUUGAAGACGAACUCUUACGCCGUCAUUGCUAAUAGGGUUGAAGAUGCGGGCGCACUUAAUGGCCAUAAAGUGUAUAAAGUGGCUGAGCACCAUAUCUUGCCUUUGAACAAAAACGGUAGAAAAGAUAAUGAUGAGUCGCAAUACCUUUCAUUGCUCGAUAUGCAUUUGUCAAGUGCUACUUUGUUCUUUUCUUAUACCUAUGAUUUAACCAAUUCAGCCCAAAGAAACGAGGAUAUAGGGGAAGCUUCUUGGAGGACUGCUGAUAGCCGUUUUUUCUGGAACCAUUAUGUCACUGAAGCUUUGCAGAAAUUAGCAAGUGAAGACGCUCGAGUUGAUGAUUUCAUUCAGCCUAUGAUUUUUGGUUAUGCUAAGUUCAUCGAAACGAGCUUUAAUGCAACACCUAUCAACAUCGGAUUGAUCACAAGAAGAAGUAGAUUCAGAGCGGGCACCAGAUAUUUUCGCAGAGGCAUUGAUUCAGAUGGCAAUGUCGCCAAUUUCAAUGAAACUGAGCAGAUUCUCGUGUUCAGAAAGGAAGCUAGUUCAGACGCAGAGUUGUUUUCUUAUCUGCAGACGAGAGGAUCCGUUCCGGUCUAUUGGGGUGAGAUUAACAACUUGAAGUACAAGCCUACUUUGGUGCUCGGCGAAAACUCCUCAAUCGAAGCAACAAAGAAACACUUUGACCAGCAAGCGAAACUUUAUGGGGAGAACUAUCUCGUGAAUUUGGUCAAUCAGAAGGGGCACGAGCUUCCUGUUAAGGAUGCUUAUGAAUCUGCUGUAAGUGCCUUGGAUAAUCCUCAUAUCCACUAUGUCUACUUUGAUUUCCACCAUGAAUGCCGUAAAAUGCAAUGGCACAGGGUCAAGUUGCUUUUGGAUCAUUUGAAGGCAUUGGGAUUGGACAGCAAGGAUGUUUUCCACAAAGCAAUCGGGGCAAAUGGCACCACGGUGAAGGUUUUUAGAAGACAAGAAUCAGUUGUCAGAACAAACUGUAUGGACUGUUUAGAUAGAACGAAUGUCGUCCAAUCCGUUUUAGCGCACUGGGUUUUACAGCAAGCAUUUGAAACCGCUUCACUGGUUUCUCCUGGGCACUUAUGGGAAAAUGACAAGGAGCUGUUGUUGGAGUUUCAAAGUUUUUGGGCCGAUAACGCAGAUGCAGUCAGUUUUGCUUACUCUGGAACUGGUGCUUUGAAAACUGAUUUCACUAGAACCGGUAAGAGAACGUUUAUGGGAGCGUUCAAUGAUUUUAUUAACUCUGCUUCUCGCUACUAUCAGAAUAAUUUGAGCGAUGGUCCACGGCAAGAUUGCUAUGAUUUAUUCUUAGGCCAAUUCAAGCCAUAUGAAUCUGGCCUUCAAUCGCCAUUCCCAGAUAGAAGACCGUUCAUGAUCCAGGUCGUACCUACGAUGAUUUAUGCAGCCCUGACGGUCAUUGCGGCCACCAUUUUCUUUCCGAAGGGCCAUUUCACAAGCUUGAAAAACUUGUCUUUUCUAUUUUUCUCGUCUUCAGUCUUAAUUUGGUCCAUUCGGUUCAUCUUCCAGAAUGGUAUUCAAUACGUUAAUUGGCCCAAAUUCACUGACUUGAGCUUUUUGGUGGCUGUGCAAACCCACGACAAAGAACAUGUAUUCAAAGGGAUCAAGUAUGUCCAAAGUUCGAAGUUUUCCAAGCCUGGUAUUUUAAAGAAGGAUUGA